CGCUUUACCCCAGAAUCAGACUUUCUGAGUUCUAAGGGGGUGAGGGGAGAAACAUCCGGCAAACCUGGGCCACCCUUUCACGGGGCAAGAAUCUUCUCGCUGUGGGUGGCGGCGGCGAACCUCACAUUGGGAGUUCCUGGUGCCCCGCUGCCAGCCUCUCCCGUUUCCGUUAAUCCUGGUCCCUAGAGGCAUUCGAGCAGCCCUCACCCAGGGUUUUCCCAGAGGCCUGGCGGGCGAAGUCAGCUGUUCCAGGUCCCGGAGAGAUGGAUCCUAGCGUCCAGGAGCCCACAUUCUUGGGGUGGGUAGGGUGGGAGACAGGUGCAGAGAGAAUCUCAGUACAGCGUGAUGCCUUCAGUAUCCAAGGGAGCAACCAGCUUGGGGAGCACUCUUUCUGCCAGGUAAUGUCCAGGGUGCUGCAGAAGGACGCGGAGCAGGAGUCACAGAUGAGAGCAGAGAUCCAGGACAUGAAGCAGGAGCUCUCCACGGUCAACAUGAUGGACGAGUUUGCCAGAUACGCCAGGCUGGAAAGAAAGAUCAACAAGAUGACGGAUAAGCUCAAAACCCACGUGAAAGCUCGGACAGCUCAAUUAGCCAAGAUAAAAUGGGUGAUAAGUGUCGCUUUCUACGUAUUGCAGAUUAGGAAGAAACAGCAAGAAGUAGUGGGUUUUUUGGAAGCAAAUAAAAUCGACUUUAAGGAAUUGGAUAUUGCUGGAGAUGAAGACAAUAGGAGAUGGAUGAGAGAGAAUGUUCCUGGAGAGAAAAAACCUCAAAAUGGGAUUCCUUUGCCUCCCCAGAUCUUCAAUGAGGAGCAGUACUGUGGGGAUUUUGACUCUUUCUUCUCUGCAAAAGAAGAGAAUAUUAUUUAUUCCUUCCUUGGUUUGGCUCCUCCUCCAGACUCAAAGGUGACAAAAUCACCCGAGGAAGCAUCGUCCCUUCCCAAUGGCGAUGUAGUGGGAGAGGCACCGAGCACCACAGAGGGAUCAGAGAAGGCUGAAGAAGGUGGAGAAACUGAGGCACAAAAAGAGGGCAAUGAAGAUGCGGGCAACCUCCCUGAAGCCCAGGAGAAGAAUGAAGACGAAGGAGAGACAGCCACAGAAGAGACGGAGUUAACAACUACGGAGGGUGCGGAAGGGGAAGCCGAGGAGGAGGAGGAGGAGGAAGCUGCAGAAGGAGAAGAGGAGCCUGGAGAAGAGGAAGAUUCCUAGGCCUUUUCACGCUUCAUUUCUUCCACAUCUCCAGAAAAUGGAAGCUAUGAAGCAACAUUUCAAAUGUCUCUCCACAAACCAAAACUCAACGGAAUACUUUGGCUUGAAGCUGGCACACCCAGGGUUCACUGAGGACUUGUGCUGCCUGACCUGGUUAGAUGUACAUGGAUGUAUCUCCCGAAUCAUACGAAAUUAAAUGUGAAGACAGUUUAUGCAUACCUUCAUGUGCCUAACAGUCUUAGCUUUUGAAGAUUUUUUUUUCUUUUUUGCUCUGCAUAGCUAGACCAUCUUAUUAAUAAUACUCUGAAAAAAAUGAUUUCAAGGCAUGGAAGUUCUCUGUGAUACAGCGAUAAUAUUUCUUCAGAUGCGCCUUAUGCUACUUAUCUCAGGAACAGGUUUGAAAAUGAAAUGCUUUCCAGAGAACCAUCAUAUAAAUAAAGAUUAAUAGAAAAAUA